ACGAACCCCAGUCAGUGACUACUGACUAUUAGAUGGCCGCCCGGCAUUUAUUUUUUAUUCUCAUUUUUAAGUUUCAAUUUUUAACGAUAUCACGUUUUCUCGUGCAGUCGUAACCGUAAGUCGUACAUUAAUUGCAAGUGUUUCAAAGUUUCAAUAUUCAAUUCGACGUUUUGUGUUUCAGUCUAUUGUCACUAAAAUAACUAUUAAAUUAAUUCCUCGGUCUUAUCUUCUUUAUAAGAAUGUCUGCUUUUACAACUCCUCGCAAGUCUCUUCGCUUACGAAAGACCGAACCAUCGCCAUUUUUAACAAAUCGAAAACGUGAAUUAUUCCCCGUCGACAACUGGGAUGAAGACAGCCAUGACAUUGCUCCUUUACAAUCAUCUCCUGAAGUAUAUGAUCCAGGACUUGAUUCUCCAGAUACAUCAUUUAACAUGAAUCGCACUCCAAUAACUGAAUUAAGUCCCACUAUGAGUGAUAAAUUUGAAAGACUUAUGUCAGGAUCAAAGAAUGGACAUGAAUGUUCAGCAACAAUUAUCAUUGAAGAAACUCCAAAUUCUAGACGAAUUAAAAAUGUCAACACAACACCCUUUGAAUCCGAAACUAACAAAGAAGCCAAGACUCCUAAGAAAAGCUUUAAUUUAAAUAAUAAAGCUGUAUUAGGAGUAAAAACGUUAAACUUUUAUGGAAGUAAUCAGAUAUCACUAGAAGAUCUUCGUAUUAAAAGAUUUACUCGCUUAAAUUAUAAUCCAAAAGUAAAAGCUAAACUAUUUAAAGAUACAAAAUCAACAAAUAAAAAAAGACCAAGAUCAACCAGUCAAGAAAAAAAAUCUAAGGUAAAUUUGUUUCCGGGUGUUACAUUACCAUUUAAAAAAAAGUUGUCUACAAAUAAAAAACCAUUCGUCAAAAUUGAAAUAUGUGAAGAAAAAGAUAAUUUCAUUGAAAACAUUGAAGUAGUUAAGAAAAACAAUUUUGAUAUUUCUAAAUCUUCUUCCAAAAACGUUUGGACAGAAUAUAUUAAACAGGAAAAACCUGAACGUAUAAAAAUUGAGGAUUCUGAUAACAGAAAAUUUUUCAAAUCAAAAGUUAUUCAUAAUGACAUACCCAAUAGAAAAGAUAAUAGCUUUAACUUUAAAGUUGUUAACUGGGGUGAUGAAAAUAGGAUGAGUACAGUUGAUCAAUCUGAUUUCAAUAACACAGAAAUACUUGAUGAUGGUACAAUUGAACAAAUUGGACAAGAAGUUAAUGAAUUGAUAGAAUUGUUGGAUGAUGAAGAUGAUGAAAACGAUUCUACAGCUGUACGUUAUCCUGGGCUUUCGUCAAAUUCUACAAAAAGAAAUCACGAAGAUCAAGAUGAUGAAAAUUCAUGUAUUGGGCUAGAUUAUAAACGUUUGAAGACUGAUUUACGAAGCCAUAAUAAUAUUGUAAGAUGUCAUAUGCCAGAUUUGAUUAGAGAUGCUUAUGUUAAUGAUGAAAAUUAUCAUUCAGUUUAUUCGUCACAAAAAAAUGUAUCAAGUACAUUUAAAUUUAAUAAUAUGGAUGUAAAUGAAUCAAUAAAUACUUCAAACGAUGCCUCUGUAAUUUUAAACGAAUCACCACAAACAAAGUUGUUCCCUAUUUUUACCAAUCAAACGCCUUCUCCUAGUCAUGUUGCAUGUGGAAAACCUACAGCACGGAGAAUAAAAAGAAUUAUUGAUGCUACUCAAUAUCAAAUUGAUGCUGGUCAAAAGAAAUUUGGUGGUUUUUUGUGCAAACAAUGUGGUUUAUAUUAUUCUAGAGGUGAACCAGAAGAUGAAGCGGAACAUGACAAAUACCAUGUAGCCAAGGACAUCUUUAAAUAUAAUAGUUUUAAAAGUGAAAAAGUUCUUUAUCAAGACACUACUGAGCGUAUUGUUGUUAUAUCUGGCUCGGAUUCUAAAAUGGCAUGUUCAAAAGCUUUAGAAGUUAUAUCAUUCGUUGAUGUAGAACUUGGCUUUAACACGCAGAAUUCUGUUUUACCUGCAACUAAAAAGGUUUAUUUGUAUAUAAAAGAUAAGCAGGUGAUUGGAUGCCUAGUAGUAGAAUUGAUAUCCGAAGCUUAUCGUAAUCUAGAAACUGAAACAGAAGAUAUGGUUAUUGUUUCUGAAGAAUCAUAUCCUGUAAAAGUUGGUGUUAACCGUAUAUGGACUAAAUGGGAUUGUCGUAAAAAUGGAAUUGCUUCAAAACUCCUAGACUGUUUUCGGAAAAACUAUGCAUACGGUCAUAUAUUGACACUUCAUGAAAUAGCAUUUACAGUACCCACACGUGCUGGAAAACAAUUCAUUAAAAAGUACACAAACAAAAAUGAUUAUUUUGUUUAUACUGGGUGGUAGUUACGUAUUUUAUUUCCUAAGUAUAAUAAUUAUUAACUUAUUUUUUUUACUGUUAAAAAUAGAUUAAGACCUAGUAUUAAAAUUAAUAUUUUUAUGAAUAUUUAAUAUUGACUAAGUUUUUAAAAUUUUAGAAACUUAUUUAAUUACUAGAUCAAUAUAGCUUACUUUCAAAUA